AUGGAUCAUAUUGAUAUUAAUGAUAAAAAGUUAUCAAGGGGUGAAUCAAGUUCAUCUCAAGUAUCGAUGAAACGUUUUGGUGGUACUGAAGCAUCGACCUAUUCUUCGGAUCACGACCACGAGCAUUUUAGUCACGACCUCAAAGUACAACAGAUUGUCAUUCGUUCAGACUUUGCCGAUGCGUCUGCCGAGCAACAAGCGAAAAUCAUCUUGGAACGUUUCAACGAAGGUAUCAAGAAUUCUGCAUUCACCGACAAUCCAUUGCUAGGUCGUGCACUUGAUAGAGUUGAUAUUUCUUAUUUUGUAUUGGGACAUCGUAAUCAAAUUGCUGAGCUUUUCGAUCCACGUGGUGAACGUUUCAGUACGGUUUACUCUGCCGAUCCAACCGUUAACAUUAAGUAUAUCGGACCAAUCUUAAAGACUGCCAAAUACUAUGGUGCCUACGGUAAGCAUGUACUCCAAGUCCCACCAGGUCACUACGCCAAGGCAUUCACCAAGAACAGACCAGUUCUCUACGGUGAAGGUCCACAUGUAAUCAUCGAUCCAACGUUCCAAUUCGACGAGAGUGCAUUCGAGAAUCAAAACGAACCAUACAUCUCUCACUCCACCAUCAAUAUUCUCAGAGUUCCAUCCGGUAAAUUAGCUAAAGUUUGGAUUGGAACUCAACCAUAUAUUUUCGAAUCAAGAAGAGAACCAUAUGUUGUUGUCGAUGCACAAUUUAAAUUGGUACAAAAGGAUUCAAAGAAUUCAAAGAGUGAUAAAUCAUCGAUGUUCUAUGAUGCCACCGAACCGUAUAUCUGUCAUGGUUCAAUUAAGCGUUUGAUUCCUCAUACCGGUGAGGUUGCUGUUACCUAUAACAAUGGUAUUUUGACUAUCAUUCCAACUCCAAAGGACGGCAAACCAGUGAUUAUCGAUUCACCUACUCAUAAUUUCGAGGGAUUCAUCUCGACUGCCCUCCAAACCUGUUUGUUCCCAAGUAAGGAGACCAAGCAAGCCGCUUACAACGACAAUAAACACGCCAGUUCCGACGAGAUCAAUCUCAAGAUCUUCCAGACACGUGAUUCUCUCAGAGUCGGUGUUGUCUUGGUGGUCGCAUUCAAGAUUGUCGAUCCGGAACUCGCCAUUACCAAGCUCGGCAAAGAGGGAAUCAUCAACCACAUUGAGAACGUGUCGUUCGCCGACAUGGGUAAAGCCAUCCAAUUGUCGACACUCCAAGAGGUGAUGUACUUCACCCAGACCAAGCCAGGUCAACAAACCGAUGACCAAGCAAUCCAGACCAUUCAAGAUCGUGUUAAAUCUCAUCUCGCUAGAGACUUGGGUGAAUACGGUAUCGAGUUGGCACGUCUACAAAUCGAAACAAUGAAAGUUCUAGACUCGGAGAUUGCCAAGAAAUUGGCUGGCCAAUCGGUAACAUCCGCUGAAUUCACUACCAAACAAGCUAGUUUGGCAAAGGAAUACGACAUCAAGACAACUGAGGCACGUCUCAAGGCAGAGACUGACAACAUCGCGCUUGCUCAACGUGGUCAGGCACUGAUUGCCGAAGCUCAGGCCAAGCUCGCCUCUGCACAGAAGGAAGCGGAAGCACUCCUUGUCAAAGCGGACGCCGAACGAAAGGUAUCGGAACUCAGUGGUGAACUCUACCUAAAGUAUCCGGCACUCUUUGAGUUGGAGAUGGCCAAGAUCAAAGCACAAGCCAUGAAGAAUGCCACUAUCUACAUUACACCAGCCGAUGUCGGAAACUUUAUGAAUUCGCCACUUCUUUAUUUCAACCAAAUGCAACAACAACAAAAGAAAUAA